UGCGGUAAUUCUUUGUUGACAUCUAUUUAAAACACAAGAAACAAUGUCUUUGUUUAAAAACAGUAAACGUUAGGUAAUUAAUAAUUGUCGGAAGUGCUGAUAGAGGGCUCCAGGAUGUUUCUGUUCAUUAGCCGACCCACUCGUACUCUGGGCUACCGGAUGCGGGAGGUACGCGAGCGUCUGGGAGAGGAUUUCACAGCAAAACUAGAUGAACUGCACAGAAAUAGCCUGCGCACCGGUCUAGUGUCCAAGCAGGAGCUGGAGGAAGCGUUCCGCAAGACGCGCGACAUCGACCACAAUCCGAAUCGAUUGAAUCUAAUCUGGCUGGUGGGCAUCAUCUUCUUCAUUUUGGUGGCCACGCCGGUCUUUUACGAGACCAUCUCGUUCUUGCUGGGAGUGCGCUGCUUCCUGCCCAACAACUAUCUGGUGUGGGAGGCCACGCGACCGAUCAGUGACUGUGAGUUUUGCAAGGGCGUGCGUGCGCCUCUGAUCUUGGCCAAUCUCACCCGGGAGGAGUUUGCCCCGCACGCCUACUCCUCGCUGCCGAUCAUCGUAAAGAAAGCGGUGGCCCAUUGGCCGGCACAGAAGGAUCUCAACUAUGCCUACAUCCGGGAUCUGUACCAGAGUGUGCCGGGCGCCAUUGAAGCGGACUGUCAAUUCCAGCACUUCAAUUCCGACCUCAAGUCGCUGCGGGAUGUGUUUGCAUUGUCCCCGGAAAGGUCGAAUCUAAGCCAAGGAGCUCCCUGGUUUGUGGGCUGGAGUGUCUGCCAGCCGGCGGUGCUGGCUGAGCUCAGAAAGCUAUAUCCACGUCCCCACUUCUUGCCUGUAGAUGCCGAAAUGCCGCACACGGACUUCAUAUUGAUGGGCUACGAACAGGGAGCUGUGAUGCACCUGGACUACAUACCGCGACUGAUGUGGCAGGCGCAGCUGAAGGGCAACAAGAGCUGGUUCCUGGCACCGGCCCCCGAGUGCGAUCAUCAGUGCCAGCCCUUCUCCUUCUACGUGGAGCCGGGCGAUGCUGUCCUUGUGGACACACGCCUCUGGUAUCAUGCCAAUACAAUUCCAAAGGGUCAGUUCUCGCUGACCGUUCAGUCUGAGUACGGAUGAAUGCUGUUGUUUAAUUUAAAUGGUUAAGAUAAACAUAAAAUAAAUUAAACUCCCAGAUGGCAAUUUAAAA